UUCCGGACAACGCCUGGUUCCUCUCAGGUCCUUCCGGCGUCGCCGGGGUGAAUUGAUCCGGGAGUUGAAGAGGGCUCCAAAGGUGGGAAGUGAAGUCAGUGCCUCAGCUGCCGGUCUUUGAAGUUGGUGCCCAUUCUUUUAUCCAAAAAAAAAAGAGAGAGAAGCAACCCUGCAGUGAAUGAAGGUUCCUCUCCAUCUCCGCACUGCUUUCUCUACUGUAGUUCGCUUUUGAAUGAGGAUGACAAUGGAAGAGAUGAAGAAUGAAGCUGAGACCACUUCCAUGGUUUCUAUGCCCCUGUAUGCAGUCAUGUACCCCGUGUUUAAUGAGCUAGAACGAGUGAAUCUGUCUGCAGCUCAGACGCUGAGAGCCGCGUUCAUUAAGGCUGAAAAAGAAAAUCCAGGUCUGACACAGGACAUCAUUAUGAAAAUUUUAGAGAAAAAAAGCGUAGAAAUUAACUUCACAGAGUCCCUUCUUCGUAUGGCAGCUGAUGAUGUAGAAGAGUAUAUGAUUGAACGGCCAGAGCCAGAAUUCCAAGACCUCAAUGAAAAGGCGCGAGCCCUAAAACAGAUUCUCAGUAAGAUCCCAGACGAGAUCAGCGACAGAGUGAGGUUUCUGCAGACAAUCAAGGAUAUAGCUAGUGCAAUAAAGGAACUUCUUGAUACAGUGAAUAAUGUCUUUAAGAAGUACCAGUACCAGAACCGCAGGGCGCUUGAACACCAAAAGAAAGAAUUUGUAAAGUACUCCAAAAGUUUCAGCGAUACUCUGAAAACAUAUUUUAAAGAUGGCAAGGCAAUAAAUGUGUUCAUGAGUGCCAACCGACUAAUUCAUCAAACCAACUUAAUACUUCAGACCUUCAAAACUGUGGCCUGAAAGUUGUAUAUGUUGAGAGAUGUCCUUCUCAGUGGCAGUGCUGAGCUGCCUUUAUCUGUAAAUUUUAAAGUUUGACUGUAUAAAUUAUCAGUCCCUCCUGAAGGGAUCUAAUCCAGGAUGUUGAAUGGGAUUAUUUCCAUCUUACACCAUAUUUUUGUAAAAUGUAGCUUACUCAUAAUCUCACACAGAAGAUUUUGCAUCACUUUUGCUAUUAUCAUUCUUUUAAGAAUUAUAAGCCAAAAGAAUUUACGCCUUAAUGUGUCAUUAUAUAACAUUCCUUAAAAGAACUGUAAAUAUUGGUGUUUGUUUCUGACAUUUUAACUUGAAAGCGAUAUGCUGCAAGAUAAUGUAUUUAACAAUAUUUGGUGGCAAAUAUUCAAUAAAUAGUUUACAUCUGUUAAACA